UCUUGAGUUCGUUUGGUCCAUGUUGGCUUUGCCUGGGGAGUGGGAAUCAGCUGUCUGGCUAGUCUUAUGAGAAUUUGACAUUUCUGUGUGCGGUGAACGAACAUAGCUGCCUGGGAGGAAUUAUGGGAUCGAGGAAUUCGGCAUGUUCAUAGACUGGAAUGCGUCGCAAGGAUCGCAAGAUCAAGUGAAUCAUUGGCAGAAACCGGGAGUGUCUGGCUAACUGGUUAGCGGAUCCAUUGGAUUAAUGUUAGCAUUAAGCGUACUGUAAGCCUGGCAGAGGGCUAGCUACCACUAAUAGCUUAUUCCCUACCACUACGACAUCUGGUUUGAGAAUUCUUGGUGAUGUUUUUUUUAACGUUUUCUUUAUGAGCUGCCUAAUCAACGAGCAGCUUCAUUCAGAUUGGCUUUUUAAGACAGAGUUCAACUAACGAGUGUAGCUAGUUAACUUGUUGCAAUUACAACGGUUAAACCGGCGUCCUUGCGUUUGCCAGCCUUAGAGCUAGCUGACAUUAGCCAGAUUAGUUUACAGUGGUCAAGCCUGUAUCUAACCAACGUAUCAAUGCGCUACUCGCCAUGCCUCUGCGCAUACGCCCUAAAAAAGACAGAGAGUCAGCUGUUCAAUUUGAACGGUGUGUAGAUAUAAAAUAUAGUAUGCGGCUACUACAAAUGUAUUUAACAAUUGAUGUGUCAGUUUGAGACCAGACAGACAUCACGGACAGUGGUUCUGUCUGAUGUUAUAGACCAGUGAACGGUUAUCGAUCAGUUUUAUGGGGUGCAGUAGGUGGUAGAACUUUCGCUAAUUUAUCAAUCAUGGGGGCUACGGUGUCAUGUUGUAUGUCCCCGGACGGGAGUCCAAAGCUUGCGAGGAAAGCAGUCGAGCUCGACGACUACCCAAUAACCACCACCGCCGACGACGUUAGCGAAGACACGGGCACCUAUUUGCAGCACAUCAGUGAUAGAGAGGUCCCAGAUGAAUUGGCUCAGGAGUCCAACCCAUCCGACAAUGCCAGAGCCAGCACAAUCUUUCUCAACAAGUCACAGACAGAUGUGCGCGAGAAAAGAAAAAGUAACUACUUAAAUAACCAUCACAUGUCUCCGGGUUUGCUCUCCAAAAAAUACAGCUCCUGCUCUACAAUAUUCCUGGACGACAGCACAGUCAGCCUGCCCAACCUUAAGAGUACAAUCAAAUGUGUCACGCUGGCUAUUUACUAUCAUAUAAAAAACAGGGAUUCCAACCGAUCCCUCGACAUUUUUGAUGAAAAGAUUCAUCCAUUGACGAGGGAAAAGGUUCCCGACGACUACUCCAGCGUGGACCCAGAACACAAGCUCAUUUACCGCUUUGUCCGCACGCUCUUCAGCUCGGCCCAACUCACCGCCGAGUGUGCCAUCGUCACCCUGGUGUACCUGGAGCGCCUGCUGACCUAUGCGGAGAUAGACAUCUGUCCGUGUAACUGGAAGCGCAUCGUCCUGGGAGCCAUCCUGCUGGCCUCCAAGGUUUGGGACGACCAGGCUGUGUGGAACGUAGACUACUGUCAGAUCCUCAAAGACAUCACCGUCGAGGACAUGAAUGAGAUGGAGAGACACUUCCUGGAGCUGCUUCAGUUCAACAUCAAUGUUCCGGCCAGCAUCUACGCCAAGUACUACUUUGACCUGCGCUCCCUGGCCGAUGACAACAACCUCAACUUCCCCCUGGAGCCGCUCGACAACCAUCGAGCCACCAAGCUGGAGGCCAUCUCCAGACUGUGCGAAGACAGAUACAAGGAGUUGGGAAAGGUCACUAUAAGGAAAUCCCUCAGCGCAGACAACCUGGUGGGUGUCCGAACCACCCACGCUGUGCUGUCGUAAAGCUGACCCUCGGAAAACACACACACACUAUCCUGGAGGAGGAUGAGCCGAAGUCGCCUCAUUCGCCCCUGAACUAGACUUCCACACAGCUGUUCCCAAAUCGCUCCUCUCGUCCUACCGCUUAGCUUCUGCAGAUAUGUAAGGUGUCAAGCAAUAGGUUGGAAGCUACCACUGCACUGCUUAUACCUGCCCAGACCCUACAGAUCUGCAAUCGUUGAGUGGUUAGGUCCAAUAGGGGAGGGGAGCGACUUUGGCGCUGCUGGCUUCAGACAUCGUGCACUCAACCUGACACACCAACCAAUGUGAGAAAGCCUCCUGAACUACCCUGUGGUGUAGUUUGGCACACAGACGGAGGGAGUGAGAUGUAGACUGGCGGUUUGCUUUGCUUACUGUGUAGGCUCUCUAGCUGUGAAAUUUGUUUUUAAUUGAACUCAUUUUCAGUUGCUGUUUGUUUCGAAUAAACCGUAAUUAUGCUAGAAAUGGC